GACGAAACAACAAUUUAUCUCAAGAUAUCCCGAGAGUAACCUGUCCUACGUUUGCGUUUAAUGAUAGUGAUUGGUCUGAUUCUGAUGAUGAAGAGGAUCCCAUAUAUAAACCUUUUCGUCCCCUUGAAGAAGGAAUAAAAGCACGUAAUGAAGAGAAAUAUGAAAUUGCAUGGGAUUGUUUUGAUGUAGAUGAAACAAUUAAGUUAUAUAAAGAAGCAGCUGAUACCGAAGCUUCAUUUCAAUAUGCAAUGUGUAUUUUACAACAUCAUGGAAACGAUUUUAAAAUGCAAGAUUAUGAAAAAUACCUAAGGAUCGUAAACAUAUAG